UGGGCGGAGCUCGAGUCAACGAGGUACACGGUUGUCGUAGAGAGGGGAAAAGUGUUGUUGAGAAAGAGAGGAAGCUCAACCGUGGUGGGCUACGCACGCACGCUAUUGCUUGUUGACGUUGUUUGCAUCCAUUGCUUAUUUUCCUAAUGGCAACGGAGGAUAAAAGGAAAUCGGUGCCGCAGGCUGUAUCAGAAGUCGGCUCGUUAUCAACACCUCAGGGCUACAAUAACAAUAAUAACAACAACAAUAACAAUAAAGACAGCGAGGUAAGCGAGAAUAAGACCACAGCAACCUCGAGCGGUACCGAAUCAAGUGGGACGGAAACGCACAGCAUCGGGAACGGUUGUGGAGUCAAUCCAACAGUGGGAAAUAACGGGAAAUGGGUCCGUUUGAACGUCGGCGGUACGGUAUUCCUCACAACGCGGCAUACCCUACUUAAAGAACAGACUUCCUUUCUCUAUCGGCUCUGUCAACAACAGGACUUGCAUUCGGACACGGACGAGACAGGGGCCUAUGUGAUAGACAGAGACCCCACCUACUUUGGCCCCAUCCUCAACUACCUGCGACAUGGCAAACUAGUCUACAACAAGGAGUUGGCUGAAGAAGGUACUGGAUUAGGUGUGUUGGAGGAGGCUGAGUUCUACAACAUCACUCCUCUGAUCAAACUGAUCAAGGAGAGGAUCCUGGAGCGGGACUGUAAAGUCACACAGCAGGUGCCUCCUAAACAUGUGUACCGGGUGUUGCAGUGCCAGGAGGAGGAGCUGACUCAAAUGGUUUCCACCAUGUCGGACGGCUGGAAGUUUGAGCAGGUCAGCGUACGCGCCUGCAGAAAGCCCCGCACUGGACUGCUCUGGACUAUGGUGAACAUUGGUUCGUCGUACAGCUAUGGGACAGAGGACCAGGCAGAGUUUCUGUGUGUGGUGUCCAAGGAGCUACACACACCUGGCUCAGGCCUGGGCACCGAACAGAGCCACAAGACCAAGGUCUGAAGUAGCAGGAUACGGAUCUGUCACUGUGUGACAUUUCUCCUUAUCCAAGAUGAUCUCAGCAGCCUUUGAUCUUAGUCUCGGCAUUCUCCACUCAAACCCUCCAAAUGUCACACACAUCUCCCAAAUGUCAUUCAAAAGCACAUUCACUCCAUCAUCCAUCUGUUCUCGCUCUCUCUUUGUGAUACUCAUCAAUCUGUUCAUUAUUUUUUUGUCGUUUUUUAUUCUCCGCCCUUUUAAUCGAGGGAAGGCUUCAGAGGUGCAGGAUGAGGAGGAGGGAGGAGAGAGAAAUACCACCCCGAAUGAGUGCAAAGGGGAAUGACAGUCUUGUGUCAGUGUUCCA